AUGUCGCCGCUCAUCUUCAAGAACUACGAGUACCGCGGCAAUGAGAAUGUGGUACUUAUUUCGUCGACACGGCGGCGGCGCGACCCGGACGAGCCGACGGGCAUUCCCGAGUCACUCCGUGACCAUAUGGGCGGCACGCGGAUGGGUGAUAGAGCUCUGAGGGUUCGCCCUCGGGAAGUGGAAGAGAAGCUGGCAAAGUUGCGGAGGAAGAAGGCUCGUCGUGCUCAGCAUGGCCGCUCAUCAUUGUCAUCAGCUGCUGCUGCUCAAGCCGGCGGCGCCUCCGCUACUGCCGCGGGCAAGCUCUCGUCGGCUCCGGCCGGUUCAGCUCGGUCACGGGCUUUUGACCAGCUGCUGGCGCUUCUGGCUCCGCUCUUUCCGCCAGUCUCGCAUGAUGUGCUCAUUUCCGCCGCCGACGAGGUUGUGGCCGUCUUUCACGACGAGGAGAUCGCACCGGCCGCCCGUCCGGCGCUUCUGGCGGACAUUGUUGGCUCGGCCAUGCCGGGCGAGACGCUGACGACCAUCGAGGGCCUUGUCUCCCGCCACAUGCCUGCACCCAAGCCGGCACCGGUCGGCCCGCAGGCGCCGGCCGCCAUGGACCUUGCGGUCGUGGCCCAGGACGACGACGACGAGUACUCGGACGACGGCGGGUACUCGUACUCGUACUCAUACUCGGACGACGGUGGCGCAGGCGGGGCCGGCGAGAGCGGCGGCUCUGGACUGGCACCGAUGGCGGUCGUCGACGGCACGCCGCAAAUGCCCGCGCCGGUCGCCGGCGGCACUCUCACGUACUCGAUGGAUCCGACAGCCAUCACCCGAGGCUCGCUCCUCCGCGACGUAGCCGAGGCCAUGGACAAGCACCCGGACGCAGUGGCGGCGACAGUCGACCACGUCCUCGACAUCCUCAGCGACUCAAUCUCCAGCCGCGAGGCCGAGAACCGGCUCUCCCAGGCUAUUGGGCGAUCGCCGGGCGCCGUGGCGCUCACACGCAAGCUGGUCUCCAACGCCCGGCUCGUCACCCACGUCAUCGCGCUUUGCGAUGCAGACUCGACGGCGGCCCGGCAAGAGGUGUUGAAGGCGAUGGUGGCUGCGCCGGACCUUGCGCCGGCGUACCCGCUGCUGGCCAAGGCCAACCCGGACUUUGUGCUUGAAGGCGGCGAGGCGGCAGCGGCGGCGGCGGCGGCGGCAGCGGCUCCGGCCGCAGGCGGGCGGCAGCCGAGGCGGCUGGACCUUGCGUCGCUGGCGCAGGCGCCGCCGUCGUCGCAAGUCCACGGAACUUCGACGACGCUACCGGCGACAGUCAAGCGGAUUCAGUCUCGGUACUCAGAGGAGAUCAUCAUUCCGGCCCCGGCGCCGCCGCAGGUUGACGCCAACGCGCUUGUCCCGAUCGCUUCGCUCCCCGAGUGGGUUCGGCCGUGCUUCCCGGGCAUGACCUCGCUCAACCGGAUCCAGUCGAAAGUGUACCCGACGGCGUUCAACAACGAGUCGCCGGCCGGAGGCAACCUGCUCAUUUGUGCGCCGACCGGCGCCGGCAAGACCAACAUUGCCGUCCUCACCAUCCUCAACACCAUUGCCAAGUACCGCAAUCCGGCGACAGGCGUCAUCGACACGUCGGCGUUCAAGGUGGUGGUCACCUCACCGAUGAAGUCGCUUGUUGCUGAGCAGGUGCAGUCAUUUUCGGCGCGGCUCGCCCCGCUGGGUAUCACUGUUGCCGAGCUGUCGGGAGACUCGUCGCUGGCGGCGUCGCAGCUGGCGGCAACGUCGGUCAUUGUGGCGACGCCUGAGAAGCUCGACGUGCUCUCGCGCAAGGGCCGGCUCCUCGACAUGGUCCGGCUCCUCAUUAUCGACGAGGUCCAUCUUCUCCAUGAUGAGCGCGGCGCUGUGCUCGAGGCGCUGGUGGCGCGGACGCUGCGGCUCGCAGAGGAGACACAGAACCCGACGCGGCUGGUCGGCCUCUCGGCGACGCUGCCCAACUACCGCGACGUGGCGCACUUUCUGCGGGUUGACGCCUCCUCGGGCCUCUUUUACUUUGACGCGACGUACCGGCCGUGCCCGCUGCAGCUCUCGCUGGUGGGCAUCUCAGCCAAGAAGCCGCACCAGCGCCUCAAGCUCGAGAACGAGAUUGUGUACACCAAGGUGGCAGACCAGGUGAGCGCCGGGCACCAGGUCCUGGUCUUUGUCCAUGCCCGCAAAGGCACGCUUGCCACGGCACAGGACAUUCUCGACCGGGCUGAGGACGCCGGCCUCCUCCCAACCUUUGUGCCGCCGGAUUCUGCGUCACGUGUCAUUCUUGCGGACGAGGCCGAGGCAUGCUCGUCGCCGGCGCUUGCGUCUCUGCUGCGGGCCGGCGUCGGCGUUCAUCACGCCGGCAUGCCGCGCGAGCACCGCUCGCUGGUGGAGAACUUGUUUGCCGGCGGCCACCUGCGGGCACUGGUGGCGACCGCGACGCUGGCGUGGGGUGUCAACCUCCCUGCGCACGCGGUCAUCAUCAAGGGCACGUCGGUGUACUCUGCUGCUGCCGGAGCCUUUGUCCCGCUCUCGGGCCUGGACAUCAUCCAGAUGCUGGGGCGUGCCGGCCGGCCGGCGUACGACACGUUUGGCGAGGGCGUAGUCAUCACCACGCACCCAGAGCUCUCGCACUAUGUCUCGCUCCUCUCGUCGCAGCUCCCGAUCGAGUCGCAGCUGCUCCGGCGGCUGCCGGACCUUCUCAACGCCGAGCUUGUGCUCGGCUCACUGACCUGCCGUGACGACGCGGUCGAGUGGCUCGGCUACACUUACCUGUUUGUGCGGCUGCUGCAGAGCAUGCCGAAUGAGCGCGAGAGCGACGCAAGCCUUGAGGCCUACCGUACUGACCUUGCCCACUCGGCGCUGUGCGAGCUCCACGACCUUGGUCUGGUGCGGUACGACGCGCGGUCUGGGAGCGUGGCGCUGACGCCGCUGGCGCGGAUCGCCGCGCACUUUUACGUGACGCCGGCGUCAGUGGCGGCGUACGCGAGCGCGCUGCACCCGCAGCUCUCCGACCUUGACCUGCUGCGGGUCUUUGCCGGCUCGGCCGAGUUCAAGUACAUGCCGGUCCGUGCCGACGAGCGGCCAGAACUCGUCAAGCUCCUCGACAAGGUGCCUGUGCCGGUCAAGGAGUCUGCAGACGAGCCGCUGGCCAAGGUCAACGUCCUACUGCAGGCGUACAUCUCGCGGCUGCCGCUGACGGGCUACGCACUUGCGGCAGACAUGGUGUACAUUGCCCAGUCUGCGGCUCGGCUCAUGCGGGCGCUGUUCGCGAUUGCGCGGACCCGCAAGUGGGCGCGGCUGUCAGCGUCACUGCUUGAGCUGUGCGCGGCAGUCGACCGGCGGCAGUGGCGGUCGUUCUCGCCGCUCCGCCAGCUGCCCGGCCUUGUCGAGCCGGAGCUUGUGGCCAAGCUUGAGCGGCGCGACUUUGAGUUUGAGCGGCUGUACGAUUUGUCGCCGCAAGAGCUUGGCGAGCUUGUGCGUGUGCCCAAGGCUGGCAAGCCACUGUACAAGGCGGUGCACUCGUUCCCGCGACUCGAAGUGAGCGGAGCGCUGCAGCCACUCACCCGCUCGCUGCUCAAGAUCGACCUCGUCCUCACGCCCGACUUUCGAUUUGCCCGCGAGCUCCACGGCAACUCACUGCGGUUCUGGCUGUUUGUAGAGGAUGCCGACGGCGAGGCGCUGCUCCACUCGGAGGAGAUUGUUCUCCGGGCGGACGAUGCUGAGCUGGAAGUCAGCUUUACUGUGCCUGUCUUUGAGCCCGCGGCGCCGCAGUACUUUGUGCGGGUCAUGGCUGACCGGUAUCUUGGGGCGAGCACGGUGCUGCCGAUUGCGCUCGCCGGACUGGUGCUGCCAGCCAAGUUUGAGGCGCCGACCGAGGUGCUGGAUCUUGCGCCGGUGGCGACGGCGGCGCUCCGGGUGCCGGCCUUUGUCUCGAUGUACGAGGCGCGCGGCAUCCACAGUCUCACGCCGCUUCAGUCGCAGGUCUUCCCCACGGCUUGGGAUACCGACGCGUCGUUUCUGUUUGCUGCGCCGCCGGGCGCGGGCGCGACUACCGUGGGCGAGCUUGUCAUUCUGCGUGCGCUGGUGACGGCGCCUGCCGGCGCGCCGGCGCAAGUGGCGGUUGUUGUUCCGCACGCGUCUGCGCUCGACGCGCUCUACCGCGAGUGGUCGGCGACGCUCGGCGGCUCGCUCGGCCGAGUCGUCUCCAAGCUCUCCGGCGAGGUGACGAGUGAUCUGAAGAAGCUGGCGAGCUCGGACGUGACACUUGGCACGCCUGCGGCGUUUGAGGGCAUUUCGCGGCGGUGGCGGUCGCGCAAGGCGGUGUCGAGCCUCCGUGUUGUCAUCUUUGACGACGUGCACUGCCUCGGCGACCCGGACGUGGGCCCGACGAUGGAGGUGCUUGGCUCACGGCUGCGGUACAUGGCAGCCGAGCUCAACUCAGGCCUGCGGUUUGUGGCGCUCGGCGCGUCAGCAGCGGAUGCGUCGGACAUCGGGUCGUGGCUGGGCAUGGACCGCGAGCGUGUGUUCAACUUUGCCAUGUCAGCGGCGGCGCGGACGCUACGGGUGACGGCAUUCGACGAGCGGGCGUCGUCCAAGCUGGUGUACAAGGCGAGCGCAGGCGAGGCCGCAACCGGCACACAGAGCCUGGUCUUUGUGCCGGGUGUGCGACAGGCGCGGCUGCUUGCGCUUGAGCUUGUUGCGCUUGCGAGCGCGCGCGAGGGCGGGUAUGCGCCGGACGAGGCGGCGCUGGCGGGGCCUGCAGGCGAGGUGCGGAGCAAGUUGCUUGCGGCGGGCGGUGUAGAGGAGGAGCCCGGCCUGGUGGUGGCGCUGAGCGCAGGUGUCGGAUUCAUGCACCCGGGCAUGGCGGCGUCUGCACGUGCUGUGGUCGACGAGCUGUACGCGCGGCGACUGGUGAGCUGCGUGGUGGUUGUGGGCGAGCAGGUGACGGCGCUGCCGCGGCGGAUGAUGGCGGGCCUGGUGGUGGUGGCCGGGACCGGGAGCUACGGAGUGACCAGUGUGCUCAAGAUGGUGGGCCGUAGCACGGGUGCGGCGCAUGUGCUGACGACUGCGGCAAAGCACAGCUACUACGCGCACUUUCUCACGCACGCGCUGCCUGUCGAGUCAGCGCUGGCGGACGCGUUUGCGUCGCCGCUAGUGGCGGAGCUUGCGGUCGGCUCGCUGGCGACCAAGGCCGACGCGGUCGACUGGCUGACGUGGACGCUGCUGUACAAGCGUGUGGCGCUCAACCCCAACUACUACGACGUGGCGAGCGCGACGCCCGGUGACAUCUCGAUCUUCCUCUCGGACACUGUGGAGAACGCGGUGGAGGAGGCCGUCGAGUCACGUGCGGUGAGCGUGGGCGACGACGGGCUGAGUCUUGUGCUCGCCAAUCCGGGCGCAAUUGCCUCGUUCUACAACCUCUCGCUGCGGACGGUCGGCUUGUUCACGGCGGCGGCGCGGAGCGACCUUGCGCUCGUGCCGCUGGUCUCGGUCCUCUGCGGUGCAGAGGAGGUUGUGGCUGCGGUGAAGAGCCGUCGGGGCGAGGGCAAGGCGCUUGGGGCACUGUGGGAGGCGCUGCCGGCCAAGGCCAAGGCGGCGGGCAUGCCGCGGCUGGAAACGGCGCACGGCAAGGCUGUGGCGCUGGUGCUGGCGCACUUUUCACGACAAGCGCUCCCGCCGCAGCUCGCCAACGAGCAGCGGGCGGUUGUGGCCGCGGCGCGGCGGUGUGUGUCUGCGCUUGUGGACGCUAUGGCUUCUGCGGGCUUCCUCGCGCCGACGCUGGCGGCGAUGGACAUUGCCAAGUCGCUGGCGAUGGCGGUGUGGGCCGACGACUCGGAGCUACUCCAGCUACCGCAUGUCGAUGACGCGGUGGUGGUGCGGCUGUCGAACGCUGGAGUGGCGUCGGUCGACGACCUCAUGGAGAUGGAUGACGACGACCGGCUCAAGGCGCUGCAGCUGGAGGGUGAGCGGCUGGGCGAGCUGGCGGCUGCGGCCAACGCGCUGCCGGCGCUGGACCUCAAGGCGGAGGCGAGCGGCCCGCACGAGGUCGUCGUUGUUCUCGAGCGCGACGAGGAAGACGACGACGACGACGAGGCCGGCGACGACGGCCCGGUCAUCGCGCCGUUCUUCCCGGGCACCAUCCUCAGAGCCGGCUGGUGGGUGGUGGUCGGCGACGCGAGCGGCAAGGCCGUGCUUGGCAUCAAGAAAACGACGGCGGUGGGCAAGCCGGUGAGAGUGCCGGUGGCGGCGUCAGCGGCAAGCACGGCGUCGGUCUUUGCGGUCUCGGACGUGUACAUGGGCGUCGACCUCGAGGUUCAAAUUGCAGUGCAGCCGGCAGCGGCAGUCGUGACCUCAGCCGGCGACGGCGACGACGAGUACGAGUACGAGUCGUACGAAGACGAUGAGUAA